AACCCCAAACUCACCUUAAAAUACUCCCAAUUUUCCCAUCUCUUACAAAAAUGGCCAAUUUUAUUUUAUUACACACCACGUUACUCAUUUUAUGUCUCCUAAAUUUACCCCUACCCAUUUUACCGUUUACCGUUAUAAUGUCGGAUCCCACUACCCCGUCAACCUUAGUUGAUGCUCCUCAAAUGGGUUUUAAUAAUAAGGCCGGCGCCCGGACGGAUACCCGGGAACAAAAGGCGGUUUAUGAUAUUAUGAUAGCGACCGGGAACCCGUGGGCGACUGAAAUACCCGACGUUUGUCGGGGCCGGUGGCACGGUAUCGAAUGUAUGCCCGAUAAAAAUAAUGUCUACCAUAUUGUUUCACUCUCAUUCGGGGCGUUAUCGGAUGAUACCGCUUUUCCUACAUGUGAUCCGACCCAAUCAUAUAUAUCCAAGUCCAUCACCAAGUUGCCUUACCUUAGGACCUUGUUUUUUUACCGUUGUUUGAGCAACACUCCUCAGCCCAUUCCGGCUUUUUUGGGCCAUUUGGGCCCAUCUCUUCAAACGUUGGUGUUAAGAGAAAACGGGCUUUUUGGCCCUAUUCCGAGUGAGUUGGGAAACUUGACUAAGCUAAAGAUCCUUGAUUUGAGCCGGAAUAAUCUCAACGGGUCAAUACCGAGGUCUUUGGGCCGUAUUAAUGGGCUUAGGUCAUUGAGUUUGAAUGGGAAUAGAUUAAUGGGUCCAAUACCCAACUUUGCCUUUCCUUCUUUGAAUGUCUUAGACCUUAACCAAAAUCUACUAACCGGCCCAAUCCCUUCAAGUAUUGGGCUUAGCCAGUCUCUAACCAAAAUGGAUCUCAGUCGCAAUAGGCUAUCUGGCCCAAUACCAGAAUCAAUAUUGGGCCUUAAAGACCUUAUCCUCAUGGACCUUAGCUUCAAUAGGCUUACAGGCCCAUUCCCAAAUUCCUUCAAAAACCUUGAUUCCCUACAAGCUCUAAUCUUAAAAGGCAACUCUAUGAUAGCCACAACACUUCCAAAUAAUGCUCUAGAAGGCAUGCAAAAUUUAGUCACAUUGAUACUUUCCAACAUGAAGUUGCAAGGCCCAAUCCCUAGCUCAUUGGCCCGGCUACCGAAAAUCCGAGUCAUCCACGUAGACAGAAACGGGUUUAACGGGUCAAUACCGGAUAGUUUUCGGGCCUUUAAAUCCCUUAGUGAGUUAAGAAUAAAUGAUAACCAAUUAAGUGGUAUACUUCCUCUAGACAAAGAUAUGUUAUGGAAAAUGGGAAAGAAACUUAGGUUGUACAACAAUUCAGGGUUAUGCUUCAAAUAUGCAAACGACGGCGAUGUUGCCGGUGAUUCGGAUUUGUUGAUGGAAUGGGGAAUUGGUUAUUGCAGCGUACAUAGACCCGACAUGGCCCGACCAGUGGAACAUACACUUACAAAUAAGAACAACAAUAAUGUGGAUAAUAUUAUGCCAAUAGUCAAUAAUUCAUCAGUGUUAGUUCACAACUAUUGGUUGUUUCAUUUGUUGUGUCUUAUUUUUGUUAUGUGGUCAUAGAAGUACGUGGUUUAGAAUUUUGGUAUCCAAUUAUAGUGUAUAUUGCUCUGUAUAUUAGUACAAAGGAAACAAUAUUUCUCUUUCAUAAA